GCGGUGGUGGAGCGCGGCUGCGAGUUCUCGAACCCGGGCGGAGGCGCUCGCGCUAAGGGUGAUCAGCACAUCACUUAUUAGAGGGAUCCCUUGAUAGAAUUAAACAGGAAGUUUGCUAAUUAAGAAUGAUGGAUCCAUGUUCAGUUGGAGUCCAGCUUCGUACCACGAAUGAGUGCCAUAAAACCUACUAUACUCGUCACACAGGUUUCAAGACUUUGCAAGAAUUGUCAUCAAAUGAUAUGCUUUUACUUCAACUUAGAACUGGAAUGACACUUUCUGGGAACAAUACAAUUUGCUUUCAUCAUGCAAAAAUUUACAUUGACAGAUUUGAGGAUUUGCAGAAGUCAUGUUGUGACCCAUUUAACAUACAUAAAAAACUAGCCAAAAAAAAUUUGCAUGUAAUUGACUUAGACGAUGCCACUUUUCUGAGUGCAAAAUUUGGCAGACAGCUUGUACCUGGUUGGAAGCUUUGUCCAAAAUGCACACAGAUAAUCAAUGGAAGUGUGGAUGUUGAUUCUGAAGACCGGCAGAAAAGAAAACCUGAUUCAGAUGGAAGAACUGCUAAAGCUUUGAAGUCAUUACAAUUUACAAACCCAGGAAAGCAAACUGAAUUUGCUUCAGAAACUGGUAAAAGAGAAAAAAGAAGACUUACAAAAAGUGUAACCUCUGGUUCAGACAGACAAGUGAUACCGGCGAAGAGUAAGGUCUACGAUAGCCAGGGCCUCCUGAUUUUCAGUGGGAUGGACCUCUGUGACUGCCUUGAUGAAGAUUGCUUAGGGUGUUUCUAUGCCUGUCCUGCCUGUGGUUCCACCAAAUGUGGAGCAGAAUGCCGCUGUGACCGCAAGUGGCUCUAUGAGCAAAUCGAAAUUGAAGGAGGAGAAAUCAUUCAUAAUAAACAUGCUGGAUAAUUUGUGGUAUCACAUUAUGGGAUCUUUAAAGUACUUUCCCUAUUUCUAAAAUUCUGUGUUCUCAGAUACAUUUUAAAGUUGAUUGCCAAAUGACAUUUGAAAACCACCUCAAAUGCACUCAUCCUGCGCUAAUUAAUGUAAAUUUAGAUGGGCUUUUUCAGCAGCCACUUUAAGCCUUCCUGGGUCAAUGUAAACAAGUAAGGUAUAGGCAUUCCUCAGUUUGCACAAUUCAUGUAGCCACAAAUUCCAGUGGCAAUGAUUUAGUUGAAUAAUACCAGUUCCCUAACAGCACAAUUUAAAUUUCAGUUACCACGGUAUAGUAACUGUGAGUAAUUACACAAAGUAGUCACUAAGUGAGUAACAUGCAUUUCAUGAUCGGUGACCAAUCGUAUUCUCUCAGAUUUGCUUGAAAUUGGUCACUGUACAUCUGCUAAUCAGUUCACUCACAGACAGCAAAGCAUACAGGUGUAUUGUUACCUUGUCCCACAUGCGACAUUUUAUAAAAGAAAUGAUAAUGUUGGAAGUGAGAUUUGAGGUGAACAUUAUGGAGCUGUAGAGGAAAUCCUGAUCAUGGGGAUGUUGACAGUGCUGCUCUUCUAGAGCCUCUGGAUAUGUAGCCAGAGGAACUUAGUGGAGGCAGACUUACUGCCAUAAAUGAGGAAGGUGCUUGUGAAAGGAUACUAGGUCCCAGAGGAAGUGAUGGUAAAAACUUCACAUUAAAGGAAAUUACAGAAAUAUUUUACAACAAAGUACAAACACUGAAUUGGUGGAAGCUAAUCCAAACUUAAAGGAGUAUGGAAAUUUGCCAUGGUAUAAGCUAUUUUUUAAAAAAAGGCAAGCACUAUUCAAACUGAUUAGUUUUUUACAAUGAAAUAACACAAAUUCUCAAAUCUUUCUAAUGUUUUAAAGUGUACUAAAUCAGUACUUUUUUACAAUUUUUCAUUUAAUUUUAACUGAACAGAACAAUCAUAAUUUUCCCCAUUGAUUAUUAAGAGAGAUUGCUUUGAAUGGCCAUUUUUUAUGGUGCUAUACUAUCAUGCAAGGCAAGGACUGCCUGUAGCUGAGAAAAGUGCCUACUUUAGGAAAAAUUAAUUUUGAUACAGCUAAGUGGUUGAGUGCUAAGCUAUUUUGGGAAUAAUCUGCAUAUCUACUAAAAUAUGCGAUUUCUUCUCUCCACUUAAACUCUUCAAAAAAAAUGUUUUAAUACUGUAAACCUUUCAUUGUUUAGAACAUUGCGUUCUUGGUGCAAAUGUGUUCUUUGUGGUAAAAAUCUUUUUCUGUGUAAAAACAUAAAUAUACAUAAAUAUAUAAACAUGUUGAUUAGGAUUAAAGGACUAAUAAUUUUUUAAAAGGUGGAGAAACACUGGUUGAAACUAUAAAUUAUUUGGAAAUUGAAACUUAAUGUUGGAAUUUGUAUGGGUGUUGUUUGGAGGAUUGGGGUGGGAGAUGACUUCUCUCUGGUGUUUCUUUUUUUAAAACAGCUACCUGUUAUCCCAUCUAAAAUCUUUCAUCAUCUAGGAUAUUGCCGCUAAGCUAGGUUUUUGCUUUGUCUUCCCUAAAUAUAGUACUUUAAUCAAAUGAGCUUAAGCAACUUGAAAUUUUUUUUAGCCAUCAAAACUAUAAAUUUAUACAGCCAGUUGUAUUGACCAAUAGAGGUUUAUUUUUAUUUCUGUAUACUUUUAGUAUCUCUAUAAAAGACUGCUUUUACUUUGAUGGCAUGCCAUUUUCAGCCAUGAAAUUAACUGUGUUUUAAUUUAUAAUUGUUCACUGACCUAGUUAUCAGAAGUGCAGUUAAUUCCUCCAUUUAUAUGUUUCAGCAGAGCACUGGCAAAAAGAAUAUUUUAGCUUUAUAUACUUAAAUGGCUAGAUUCUUUUUUCUGAAUUAAGGAAAUAUUUUCUUGUAAAGGACUUAAACAUAGACUUCAAUUUUAUCUGAAUUGCCAGGAUCAUUAGACCUUAAUUGCAUUGCUGCCAUCAUUUUCAUUGCUUCUAAGUAUGAUUUAGUAUAUUGCUUAGGCUCUUCAUAAGGACAGAACUUUUAAUGAGCAUGCAAAGGUUUACAGAGAAAGGUAUUUCUGGUUUAGAGUAGGCUAUAAUAAAAGCUGUUUUUGGAAAACUUAUAUCACAAAUCCACUUCUACUUUUUUGUCAUGUAAAGUUUCAGAAAUACAGAAAACAAAAUAAUCUAGACCCUUUUUACAUUUUUGCAUAUGAUUCAAGGUGGCUAAAUUAUUUUAGAAUGCUGUUACUCUGAAAAGCAAAACUAAAAGUUGUAUAAGCAUUUUACUUACACUGUAUGUGGCCCCCGGGAGAAGUGACUACACAAUGUUUUGGUCACAGACAUUAAAAUGCAUGUGUAUAUAUUUCAAUAAAAUAAAUGGCAUCCCAUAUGAUCUUU